UUCCUGAAACCAACUCAUUGAAAAACAGAAAGACAGUUUUGGAUUUCAAUCCUUUUGUAGUUUACAGAAGUCUUCAAAAUAUUAUUUAUUGGUCAUCUGCCAAAUCUGAGAAUGAACUUUGGUUACUCACAACAAAACUUCAAAAUUCAGAAAAAGAUGACAUUGGAACUAGAGUGUAUAACGGUCAUGUCUCCUUCUGCUGGCUUCCAAUUCAGUUUGAACUUCCUACAAGCAAAGAAAGUCCUGCGGAAGCUCACAGGACUCUGUUGCAUGCUCCUGUUCACACUAUGCUUUUUUGCUGAUCAGGAAAAUGGUGGAAAGGCUCAGGCUUCACCCCCUGGGAAAUGGAAGAAAGCUGAUGUGACAUUUGACUCAAACACAGCAUUUGAAUCACUGGUUGUGUCGCCAGACAAGAAGACUGUGAAAAAUGUGGGUGUCCCCCAAGGUGUGCCAGAUAAUCCAGAGAGAUUCAAUAGCAGCUCCUGUGUGCUGGGUUCUCCUGGAUUCCGAUCAGGGAAACAUUUCUUUGUAGUGGAGUUUGGGAGACAAAGGGAAUGGGCUGUUGGGUUAGCCGCAAAGUCUGUGAAGAGAAAAGGAUACCUCACACUUGUCCCCGAAGAACGGAUUUGGCAAAAGGGUCUCUGGUGGCUUCGGAGACGGGGAACUGAUUCUGACAAGCCUCACAACAGCUCUGGAAAGAUUAUUGUCUUUUUGGAUUACAAUAUGGGGAAAGUGAUUUUUAACCUGACUGGUGAAGUUACUACCAUCAAGGCCAGUUUCAACAGGGAGGAAGUUCUACCCUUUUUCUAUUUAGGGGGAGGUGUUUCACUCAAAAAUCUUUAAGGAGUUAUAAUUCUUGAUUAAAACAAGGGACUUCUCUCUACACAACCUUUGCAAUGCCUGUUCAAGUAUUUAAUCAUCUCUGGCUUUCGGAGAAUGAUCGUGUACAGAUAGUCCUCAAUUUACAAUAGUUGGUUUAGUGACUGUUUGAAGUUACAACAGCACUGCAAAAAU